ACGGUCACCAAAUAGUAAGACCGCAUAUAAACCACCAGACCACUGUACCCAGGUGGAGGCUAACUCGCCAUGGGUAAUUCGCCAUGCGACGGCGGUUAACGGGUUAGCCUGCAACUGUUCAAAGGCUUUAUCAAUGUGUCAUUGCUACAUUACGAACUGGAUUUCCAUAUCUCUGAAUUAAUCUUCCAAAAUUCUGAUCCAGAAACAUUAUACAGUGAUAGGACUAUAAACAAUUAUUCAAGAUGUCUGCAAAAGUUUUUGAUUUACAACUGUUGCUUGGAAGAGAAAAUAUAAUGGGGAAUAAACCGAAAGUCAUGCUCGAAUCUUUGGAAAUGUCAGGAAAAAAUAUUUAUGUUGGAGCUAAUGACGGAUCUUUAUAUCAUUUUUUAUUGCUGGAAGAUGUUGUUCAGAGCAAUGCGAACAAUUCAGCAUCAUCACCAUUUCUCCAGGCACAGAAACGAGUUUCAACAAAGAAACCCAUUUUACAAAUCAAAGUUGCCACUGAAUUAAAAAGUUUGUUGAUCAAUUCAGAUGGUUUGAUUCAAGUGUACAGUAUGUUGGAUUUAGCACCUUCAUCUGCUUCAAUUUUUAGUAAAAUAAAAAAUGUAAGUAGGUUUUAUGUCAAUGAUCAUCCUGUCCAUGCCAACCCAUUUACAGUUGAAGUUUGCGUCUCCUUCAUAAAGAAGAAGACUGUUCAGCUCUUCCAAGUUCAAGAAGAUAACAUUGUAUCUUUGAAAGAAAUAUCAUUACCGGAACAUCCUCGAAGCCUUGCUCUUGAUGGUCAUUUUAUGUGCGUGGGAACAAGCUCAGGUUAUUUUAUGUUGAACAUGGACUCUAAUGCACGACAAGAGUUGUUACCUGCUGGCGAAAACAAGCUAUUUGUUCAUCGUGUUGCGCCAGCUGAGUUUCUUCUUACUGCUCCAAAUGCUCUCGGAGUUUUUGUUACAUCCGCCGGAAUCUCUCAACGUGCUCCUCUUCAAUGGUCGACAGCAGUACGACAAGCAUGUUUUAUACAUCCAUAUGUAGUUGCAAUGGAUGAUGAAUUUAUCACUAUCCAUAGUAUUGUUGAUCAGCAACAAAAACAGACUAUACCAUUUCAAGGUGGUCUAACCAUGUUAAAAAGUGGUGGGAAGGUUCUUGUUUGUACCACAAAAGACAUAUUUGCUCUUAAUCUUAUUCCAUUUGACAAACAAAUUGCUGAUUUAUUAAAUGAAAAAAGAGUCGAACAAGCUAUGGAACUAGCGAAAGAAUGUCGAAAAUGUGUACCUAGACAACAAUUUUAUGAGAUGAUGCAGACAACAUACAGAAAGGCUGGAUUUGUGCAUUUUAAAGAACUUAAGUUCGAAGAAGCGGAAGCCAUGUUUGACGAUGGAAAAAUAGAUAUUAGAGAAAUUAUUUCCUUAUAUCCUACAGUACUUCCUAUUGACUCAAAUUUUGUUCGUAAUGUCCCACCUUAUCAUGACAUAGCCAAUGUUAUUGAGAUGUGUUCCAGAUCUGACGAUUACAUUGCAAGGUGCUAUAAUUUUUUAGCGUCUUACUUACUCAAGUGCUCACUUGUACCAAGAUUGUCGAAUGACGAAAACAGAGAAUCCAAUCCAUUUGGUGAGAAAACUUUGCAAGAAAAUUCUCAAUAUCGUAGUGAUAUUUUUCGUUCUACCAUAAAGGUGUUUGCUAAGCAGCAUAUGACAGAUGACAUACUAUUACUUCUUCAAGGAGAGCAUGAACCUGUAUCAAAGUCUGUUAUACAACGAUCUUCAUUUUUUUAUGAGUUCAAGGAUUACGCUGAAGAAAUUUGUGAAGUCUUAGAUGUAUAUCAUUGCUUCCAUGCCAAAGCUAUGAAUUACCUUUUGAAUGAUGAUCUGGAUAGUGCAAUGAAUGAAUGGAAAGAAUUGUCAGAAGGUUUGAAGAUAGAUGUUGAUUUCCCAAGCCUGUCAUUUGUAGCUGAAAUGCUUGGCCGAUUUUGUACGAAUAUAAACCAAUUAUGGAAACAUGGUGAGUGGAUUCUGAGUCUUGACCAAGAUGUAGGAGUUUCGAUAUUUACGAAGCAUACUCCACAGUUCAGUGAUAAUUUGAUGGCGACUGAGUCAUCAAAAUUGGGAUUAAAAGCAGAUGACAUUAUUGAUUUCCUUCAUCAUUAUCCCGGUCCUGUAGUAAGUUACUUAGAACAUUUGGUGUUUGUUUGCAGGAUACAAAAAGAAAAGUAUCACACUCAUCUUGCAGUUCUUUACCUGGAUACUGUUUUGAAAUUAAAAGAACAAUCAGUAGAUGAGGAAUCUUUGGUUGCUGCGAGGCAGAGAUUACAAACACUUUUGAAAGUCUCAAAUAUGUACAGAAUAUCAUUGAUACUUAGUAAAGUGAGAGAUACUGACUUGCACGCAGAAAGUGUUAUUUUACAUGGAAAAUUGGGUGAACAUCAGAAGGCUCUUGAUUUACUUGUUAAUCGAAUGAAGGACCAAACGGCUGCCGAAGAAUAUUGCAUGGAACAAAGCACCGAUCAUGAAAGCAGAAAGUUAUUAUUUCAAAAUUUACUUUCUGUUUAUCUAUCAAAAGUUUCAUUGGAUUCAAAGACUGGCAAAUCCGCAAUGGCUGUUGUUGAUAUUUUAAACAAGCAUGCUGAGUAUUAUGAUGCUCAAAGAGUAUUAAAUUUGCUUCCAAAAGCUUGGUCAAUAUCACAACUCCAACAGUUUUUGAGUCGCACUGUACGACUGCGGAUGUACAAUCUACAUACAAGUCAUUUGCAGCUGAUGCUCGAGAAAUGUGAAAAUAACAGCACCAAAAAAGUAAAUGUGAAUCUGAUGAACACUAGCGUUCGCAUUUCGGAAGACAAAAUUUGUCAAGUGUGCAAUAGGCUGUUUCAAGAUUCUGAUUGUGUAUUAUAUCCCAAUGGUGUUGCAGUUCAUACCCACUGUGGAAGUAAUAAGUAUGUUUGUCCUGUAACUGGCCAGUUAUUUAAAACUCUUCCAAUUCCUAAGCACUAAUCCACGAGUUAAAAGUAAAUAUAUAUCCACUAAUUUAAUUAAUAUUUAUCUACAUAAUUUUGUAGGGCCAUCUCAUCAAGUUCAAUUCAUUCAAGUUGUAAUAUAUUUAUAUUAUAAACAAAUAGCAGCAAAUCAUACUUCACAACAGAUCUUU